AUGGCCACCCCUGCCCAGAACCAGAACAACAACGGUCCCAUCGACCACGAUGACCUCAACGAGUGGAAGGGCCGCUUCAACGACGUCCUGGCUCGCCCCAGCGAGCAUGUCAACUCCAAGUCCCCCGAGUCGGCCCAGCCCUGGGCCAGCGCCUUCUUCGGCUGCUGCAACCCCAUCGACACCUGCCUGAUCACCUGGUGCCUCCCUUGCGUCACCUUUGGCAAGACCCAUCACCGUCUCCGCAAGAACGGUAACCUCGAUGGAUACGAGCCCAUCAACACCUCUUGCUUGAUGUUCUUCGGCUCCACCUGCGUCGGUCUCCACUGGAUCCCCAUGGCCCUCCAGCGCGCCAACAUCCGUGAGAAGUACAACCUUCAGGGCAGCUGCCUGGUCGACAUCGCCACCGCCUGCUGCUGCGGCAUCUGCGAUCUCGUCCAGCAGGAGAAGGAAACCGUCCACCGCAACGCCCAGGGCGGUGCUGUCUCCGAGCAGUACAAGACCAACGACGACAUGGCCUACCCCGCCAAAUAA